AUGAUCUACACCUCCGACUACCCCGAUGUCUACCUCCCCGAAGUUGGUAUCUUCGAGUACCACUUCCCGCAGAACCCCAAGUUCGACCCCGACGCGAAAGCGUUCAUUGACGGCAUCGACGGGCGCUCGAUCACCCGUCGCGAGGUCGAGCAUGAGGCGCUUUGCAUGGCGACUGGUCUGCGCAAGCUUGGCCUCAAGCGCCGCGACGUCGCCUGCAUGUACGGCCUCAACUCGCUCGAGUGGGUCCGUGCCGCCUACGGGUGUAUGGCUGCAGGACUCACCGUCUCGCCUGCCAACUAUGCGUACUCGCCCAAGGAGCUUGCGCACCAGAUCAACGACUCGGGUGCCCAGAUCAUCUUCCUUGCCCCCGACCUCGUGUCCAAGUUCAACGAGGCGCGUCCGCUCCUCAAGCGCGCGUUCCCCGACUCGCGCGUUGUUCUGUUGGCCACCCCGGAGAACCAGCCCGUGGUCAAGCGCUACAGGAUCGUCACUGACCUGUACGGCGCACCUGGCAAGCCUGAGCGCUUCUCGGGCGAGCAAGUGCACGAGACGACCUGGCUCUGCUACUCGUCCGGCACGACUGGUCUGCCUAAGGGCGUCAUGACCACCCAUCACAACUUUACCUCGCAGAUGCAGGCUCUCAAGGUCUCGUACCAGCAGCUCACGCCCAAGGACGCCAUGCUUGCGUUCGUCCCCCUCUCCCACACCUACGGAUCGACCAUGGUCCUCCAGCAGCCAUUCUCGAUGGGCUGCCCGGUCGUGCUUCUCCCCAAGUUUGAGGAGAAGGCCGCAUUGGAGUGCAUCGAAAAAUACAAGAUCACCCACGGCCUCAUUGUGCCUCCUAUUGUUAUCGUCCUUCUCCACUCGGAACUCGUGCCCAAGUAUGACCUCCGCUCGCUCAAGACGCUCAUGUGCGCUGCUGCGCCUCUCGGUGACGACCUGACCAAGGAGUUUGAGUCUAGAUUCCCCAACUGUGUCGUCACCCAGGGCUACGGUCUUACGGAGACCACCCCUAUCAUCACCUGCUUGACCGGCGACGAGGUCGAGGGCAAGAGCGGAUGGGUUGGCCGCUUGCUACCAACCUACGAGGCGCGUCUGAUCGACGUGGACGGCAACGACGUGAAUGGCAUCGGGGAGCGUGGCGAGCUCUGGGUGCGCGGCCCAAGUGUCAUGAAGGGCUACCACAACAACCCGGAAGCGACGGCCAAGACGUUCAACGACGACUGGUUCAUGACUGGCGACGUUCUCGUUCGCUCCGCAGACGGGUGGUACAAGGUCGUGGACCGCGUCAAGGAGCUCAUCAAGUACAAGGGCUUCCAGGUUCCUCCUGCCGAGCUUGAGGCGUUGCUCUACACCCACCCACAGAUCAAGGAUGCGGCGGUUGUUGGCCUCUACGACAAGAGCCAGGCGACCGAGCUGCCGACGGCGUACGUCAUUGUCACUGAUGAGGUCGACAAGAGCGACAGCGGCCGCGCCGCGUUCAACAAGGAUAUCCAGAUGUGGGUGGCGGCACGCGCGGCUCGCCACAAGCGCUUGGGCGGCGGUGUGUACAUCGUCGACGAGCUCCCCAAGUCGCCUUCAGGGAAACUCCUCCGCCGCUUCCUCCGCGACAAGGGACAGGCCGAGCGCGACGCCGGCAACGUCCAGAUGCAGGCCAAGCUCUAA